GCGGCCUGAUUCAUACAAUCAUGGUUGACCGACUUGUAAACAGUGAGGCGAAUUCGAGGCGGAUCACGAUGGUGGAGAACUGCUUUGGCAGUUCUGGCCAGCCUCUUGCCGUGUCUGGAAGGGUUUUGGUGGGGGAAGGCGUUCUGACAAAGAUGUGUCGAAAAAAACCAAAGCCAAGACAGUUUUUUCUAUUUAACGAUAUAUUGGUUUAUGGAAAUAUAGUAAUCAAUAAAAAGAAAUAUAAUAAACAACGCAUUAUCCCCUUGGAACAAGUGAAGCUUGAAUCUUUGGUUGACGAUGGACAGUAUCGCAAUGGCUGGCUCAUAAAAACAGUAACAAAGUCGUUUGCUGUUUAUGCUGCUACUGCAACAGAGAAGCAGGAAUGGAUGGCACACAUCACAAAAUGUAUUGAGGACCUGCUUCGAAAAAGUGGAAAGAAACCAGUUGAAAUCCAUGCUGCCGUUUGGGUUCCAGACAAUGAUGCGGUAGUCUGUAUGCACUGCAACAAAACACAAUUUACUGUCCUGAAUCGAAGGCAUCAUUGUAGACAAUGUGGAGUCGUGGUUUGCGGACCAUGCAGCAACAAAAAAUUAGUAUUACCCGGACAAGGAAAUGGAAAGGCGGUUAGGGUGUGUCUGCAAUGUUACGACGCAGUGAGCAAAGUCAAAGCCACCUCGCCCACAGCCAACGACAGUUUUAACAAUAAAGAACAGCAACCUAAUUCCGCGGAUAGUUCAGGCGGCGACAGUUCUGGAGACGAUGACGAAGGAAAUAAAGAAGAGAAUCACGGCGAGCCUAAAUUCUACUCGACCCUUGGCCGAUGAAAAUUGAGGCCACAGCCCAGUAAGAGCUAAGAAAGGUAUAAAUAUUUUUUUACAAGGAAAAAGAAUUGCAAAAAGGCCAAUUAUAAUAAGAUCGUCGCUCAGACGCUCCCAGGAAGGUAUAUCGAUGUGAAAAAACACAUUUACUACACCAGUUUUUAAAAAGAAACAACUUAUUUAUAUGGUCACAUUAUCACCGAUUAGUUAUUGCGAAAGUUUUCCUUUUUUUUUUUUUUUGGAAUAAAGCACGAUAUUUUUUAAAAAUAUUCGGUCAAGAUUUUCAAGCUCUUGCGUUCACACUAUGCACAAAUUGAUAACUAGUAAUAUUUUUGAAGCGUUCUUCCGUAAUAAAGCGUAAUUGUCAAUUGUUCACGGAGCGUCUUUAUAAAUCCGGUAAUUUUUUGCAUUUUGCUCAAGGUAUUGCAUUUACAUUAAAUUUAGCGAAUUAGAUAAUUAAAAGAAAAUUAUCAAGUGAAAUUUCUCUGCGAAAAAACGAUCUGGAUUCAUAAAGAGUCUCAAAAAAAAAAAAUGUUAUCGAAGGCAAUUACGUGUUAGAAAUAAUUUAAAAAGUCGGAAAGUUGAAGUAGGAAAUCAUAAUCUUGUAGAUCAGGAAUAAUCAAUCACAAAAAUUGCCAAAUUUAAACUUUAGAAAAUAUUUAACACAAUUUU